AUGGGCUAUACCAACGGUGUCAAUGGUGCGAACGGCGCCGAAGAAAUUGUGACUCGCCAGCGCCAGGGCAGCAGAAGUCUUCCGUUCUUGACUGACCUCUUGGGAAACAGCCUAAACGAUCGGUUACUCUUCGCGGUGCCUAAGAAGGGCCGCCUUCACCAAGUCUGCCUUGACCUCCUCCAGGGCUCAGAUAUCCAAUUCCACCGCCACUCGCGCCUCGAUAUCGCCCUCGUCAAGAACCUACCCCUCGCGCUGGUCUUCCUCCCCGCUGCCGAUAUUCCAACCUUCGUAGGAGAAGGCCGUGUCGACCUGGGCAUAACGGGGCGCGACCAAGUAGCUGAGCAUGAGUGCGUAGUACCCCCUUCCGCGACCACAGGCGUGGAGGAAGUCCUCGACCUCGAAUUCGGCAAGUGCGCGUUGCAAGUCCAAGUCCCGGCGAAAGGCGACUUGGCCACGCCAGAAGACCUCAUUGGCAAGAACGUGGUGACGAGCUUUACAAACCUUGCCGAGCAGUACUUUCGGAGGCUGGAAGCGGAGCAAGCAGGCACUCCGGCCGGAGAAGUGAACGGCGACACGAAGCUGAAAACGGUCAUCAAGUACGUCGGAGGAAGUGUCGAGGCAGCAUGCGCACUAGGCGUCGCAGACGGUAUCGUCGAUCUUGUUGAAUCGGGCGAGACGAUGCGCGCUGCAGGUCUGAAGGCGAUUUCCACCGUCGUCUCGUCGAGCGCUAUCCUCAUCAAAUCAAAGCGGCCGUCAGACCCCAAGCUCGUUGAAUUGAUCACGGCCAGGAUAAAGGGUGUCAUCACGGCGCAAAAGUAUGUUCUUUGCACAUACAAUAUCGAACGAUCCAAACUCGAAGGCGCCCGCAAAAUCACGCCUGGACGCCGUGCUCCUACCGUCAAUGCGUUGGAAGAGGAUGGCUGGGUCGCCGUCCAGGCCAUGGUCCUGCGAAAAGACAUUGCCAUUGCCAUGGAUAAACUGACAGUCAUCGGAGCCAGCGACCUCAUCGUGACCAAGAUUGAAAACUCAAGGACAGACUAG